UAGAUAUAUUGCAAUCCCACUUCAAAGCUCUCUCUUUCUCUGCCUUAACCUAAGCAGAGAUCAAUUAAUUCUUAGGAGUAUCAAAAGAGAGAGUAGGAAGAGAUGGUUUCUAGGGAGCAACAUAGAUCAGCAGCACUGUAUGAGAAGCUGCAACUACUUCGCUCCGUUACUAAUUCUCGUGCAGUUAAUGAUACUUCAAUUAUAAUCGACGCGUCGAAUUACAUAAAAGAAUUGAAAGGAAAAGUUGAAAGACUCAAUCAAGAUAUUGCAAGCUCACAGAACUCAACUGGUCGUGCCAAAAAUCAUCAUCAACAAUUGCCUGUGGUACAUACCACAUCCCAGUCCAUGGUGACUGUUGAAACUCUAGAGAACAAGGGUUUUCUAGUGAAUAUGUUAUCACAAACGAGUUGUCCAGGUUUGCUUGUAUUCGUGUUACAAGCCUUCGAAGAUUUGGGACUAAAUGUUCUUGAGGCCAGGGCUUCAUGUAAAGAUACUUUUCGUCUAGAAGCCGUUGGAGGAGAUAAUGUCCAAGCAGUUGAAAACAUAGAUGCAGAAGUCGUGAAACAAGCAGUGUUCCAAGCUAUCAGGAAUUGGAUCAGUACUAGUACUUAAAAACUUAAAAAGUCUAGUUUGAGCCGUUUGAGGAUGUGCAAGUUAAAUGGAUCGACGGAGUGUCACCUUCAUCGUUGUUGUCGUUAUGAUCUUCUCUGAUAUCUUCAUUGAAAUAUUCAUCAUGUAUUGCGUACCUUCUCAUUUCCCCUUAAAAUGUAUUAGGCUGAUCAAAAGGGUUAUUGCCUAUGUUUAAUGAUGAGAAGCACUUUUAAAAUUAUGUCUUAUGAUAAAAAGCUUUAUUCGGUUGGA